UCGUGUCAAACUGUUACUCCCAGUUCUACACUUUGAAAUGCAAAUAGACCGCAGCCUAUCAAAGGCAGAUGUCUUUUUCUGUUGUCAAGGAGAAAUGUCAAGCUUCUCAUGCAGCUUCAAGAAGUAGAAAGUAAAAGUGGAGACUUCAUUUACAGGUGAAAAACAUCUGCAGGCUUGGUGGGUGGCAAUCACAUUAAAAAGACUGCCUUUGUCAGAGCUCCUCUCAAUUUAAGUGAGAAGGAUGUCCAACCAUUCACACGGACAGCACCUCUGUAACCUCAACAUGACGGAGGAGGUACGGCUGUUCCAGCGGGUUGUGUACAGCCCUGUGUUUGUUCUGGGUCUGGUCCUGAAUCUCUCUGCACUGAGGAUGUUCUAUCGGAAGAGAGCCAGCUGGACAGACACGCACGUCUACAUGUUCAACCUGGCCGUGGCCGACUGUGUCCUCAUCACCUUCUUGCCCUUCAGGAUCUACCACACCUUCUUCACCCUGGACCCUCCAGGCCUCUGUGCUGUUCUUGUUCUGAUCCACUUCACCAACAUGUACGCUAGCAUCUUCACUGUUACAGCUGGAGCCCAAUGGGCCUGAGCACAGACUGGCCUGCUUUGAGAAAGACACCCGUCCCUUUCCACUGGACUUUAUUGUGACUCUGGAGAU